AUGAUAUUUUCAACUUUAGAGCAUAUAUUAACUCAUAUAGCGUUUUCGGUCGUAUCAAUUGUAAUUGCAAUUCGUUUGCUAACCUUAUUAGUCAAUGAAAUCGUAGUACUAUAUGAUUCGUCCGAAAAAGGCAUGGUAGUAACCUUUUUCUGUAUAACGGGAUUAUUAGUUACUCGUUGGAUUUUUUCGGGCCAUUUACCAUUAAGUGAUUUAUAUGAAUCGGUAAUCUUUCUUUCCUGGGGUUUUUCCAUUUUUCAUAUAAUUCCAGGUUUUGGUUUUAAAAAGCUUAAAAACCAUUUAAGCACAAUAAUAGCACCAAGUGUUAUUUUUACCCAAGGCUUUGCUACUUCGGGUCUUUUAACCGAACUGCAUGAAUCCGGAAUAUUAGUACCCGCUCUACAAUCGCAUUGGUUAAUGAUGCACGUAAGUAUGAUGGUAUUGGGCUAUGCAGCUCUUUUAUGUGGAUCAUUAUUAUCAGUAGCUCUUUUAGUCAUUACAUUUCGAAAAGUCAUAAUAAGAAAGAUUGGUAAGAACAAUAAUCUUUUUUUUUAUUGUGUCAUUUUCUUUUGCUGUGAUCAAAUACAUGAACGAAAGAAACAAUGUUUUACGAAACACUUCUUUUCCUUCUUAUGGAAAUUAUUACAGGUCUCAAUUUAUUCAACAAUUGGAUCGCUGGAGUUAUCGUAUUAUUGGUCUAGGUUUUAUCUUUUUAACCAUAGGUAUUCUUUCGGGAGCAGUAUGGGCUAUUGUGGCCUGGGGAUCAUAUUGGAAUUGGGAUCCAAAGGAAACUUGGGCGUUUAUUACUUGGACCAUAUUCGCGAUUUAUUUACAUACUGGAAAAAAGAAAAGAUUGGAAGGUGUAAAUUCUUCAAUAGUGGCCUCUAUGGGCUUUCUUAUAAUUUGGAUAUGUUAUUUUGGGAUCAAUCUAUUAGGAAUAGGACUACAUUGUUAUGGUUCAUUUACAUCUAA